UCGCCCCUUUGAUUACCGCUAUAAUUAGUCCCCCUAAACUACCCCUGUCUGUCAAACGGCCCUUGUUCUCACCCUGCUUAGUGUAUGGACUCGCCGACCUCAUCCCGCAACCCAAUCUCAAUCCUCCUGGUCUGCCUCUCGUUAUUCUCCCCUUAAACACUCGCCUUUCCUUCAGUGUGUGUGAAAGUCCUCUUAGCAUCACUUUGUUACAUGGCCUUCGAUUUCUCUCUCCUGCAGUGCGUGGGCGGCCUCGCGGCAGUGCUUGGAGGAGGACAGAGCUCACGGCGAGGGUGAGAUUGCAGUGAUAAAGGAGGAUUGAACAGACGAGGGGGAAGGAGGACGGCCGUGGGAGGCAGUGAAAGGUCGGGUGUGAAGACCAGUGGGAAGAUAGAAAUCGGGACGAAAGAGAGAGAGAGAGGAAAAAAGGGAGAAAAGGUGGAGCAAGUAGAGAGAGAAGAGAGGCGAAAGGGGGAGGAAAAGAGAGGGAGAGAGAAAAGGAGGAAGGGGAGGAAGAGAGAGAAGAACAAAGAUAAGAAAGAGAGUGGGGAAAAGAUGGGAGAGUGAGACAGCGGCGGGGGAGCGAGAGAGAGAGAGGAGAGAGAGAAGCCAGCCAGGCAGCGAGAGGGACGUUUGGCCAAUGCCCCCGCACUCUCGUCCUCGAACCCAGGGCUUUCUCCGGUAGAAAAGGGCUUCCCCAUCCCGAGGACGACGCUAAUAUGGUCCUAGUGGAUAGUGAAGCGCAGACAGACGAGUGCGAGGUCCUGCUUGGCGAGUUGGAGGAGGAGAGCGGAGGAGGAGGAGGCCCUCAGAGGCGGUCGAGGAGGACGUCCUUCCGAGGCAGAGACAAGAAGGAAGCCUGGAUGAGGAGGAGCAUCAGGCGGUGUCUGUGUCUGCUGGUGCUGGUGACUCUGCUGGGCGGCGCGGGCAUCAUCUACUUCGGGUUCUACUGCCCCGAGGCCGUGUGUGCCCUCAGCUCCACCGCCCCGAGGAGCAGGUACAAGGUGGGCUACCUCAAGGAUGGCAUCAACCAGUUCCACCUGGCCACCGACGAAAUCGGCAGGCCCCUCAGCGAUGCCCUCAGGUCGGCCACGGGCCUGUCCUUUGAGGAGGUCACGGCCCACGACUUCCAGUUCAACAUCCGCGGCCACGAUGUCAUAGUGUUCCUGCACAUCCAGAAGACGGGCGGCACCACCUUCGGCAAGCACCUGGUGAGCGACCUGGACCUGGACAAGUCGUGCCAGUGCCACCGCAAGAUCAAGAAGAGGUGCACGUGCCUGCGGCCGGGGAAGAACUCCAAUGAGACGUGGCUUUUCUCACGCUAUUCCACGGGCUGGAAGUGCGGACUCCAUGCCGACUGGACAGAGCUGACGAGCUGCGUCGAUGACAUGAUGGACAGAAUCGAGGAUCAUGACGUAAAAAGAAGAUAUUUUUAUAUUACUUUUCUGAGAGACCCCGUCCACCGAUACCUGAGUGAGUUCCGCCACGUGCGUCGGGGAGCCACGUGGAAGACCGCCAGGCUCCUUUGCCAGGGCAGACCAGCAACCAGGGAGGAAGUCCCCCUUUGUUAUGAAAAUGAAACCUGGGAGAAUGUGACCUUGGAAGAGUUUAUGUCAUGCGACAGUAACCUUGCCGCAAACAGACAGACACGGAUGUUGGCAGAUUUAGCCCUAGUUGGCUGCUAUAACGUCUCCCUCAUGAGCCCAGAAGAACGUGCGAACACCAUGCUGCUGUCGGCCAAGAAAAACCUGAAGAAGAUGGCAUUCUUCGGUCUCACAGAAGACCAGGAAAUCAGUCAGUACCUUUUUGAGGAAACCUUCAAUUUAAAGUUCAAAGUGAGAUUUGAACAACACAAUCAAACCAUAUCAGAUUCUGCCUUCAGCGACAUUGACCCCUCUACCCUGGCACGGAUAAAAGAGCUCAACUACCUUGACAUUGAGCUCUACAACUACGCCAAGAGCCUCCUCCACCAGCGCUUCAGGAAGAUGUCCACUGAAGACCCUCACUUCAAGCACCACUUCGAGAACAUGGGCCACAGUCAGUUCUCGUGGUCGGAUAUAGAAGACGAGGCCUGAGGGUUGCAUUAUAGGCC